AUGUGUAUUGUAGCAAAGGAUCGUGAAAUGCAGGAGAAGCAGGAGAAAGAAUUUUGUCUAGUUAACAAGGAGUACCUGGCUGAUGAACCUUUCCGAGACAUUCCAAAUCUACAGGCAAAGCUUGAUCAGCUGAAGGACAUGUUUAUGGGAUAUGAUACCACACGCACAGGAGAAAUUGAUUAUCCAACAAUGAGCAGGAUACUGCAGGAGUUUGGGGUUUUCCAAAGCCCCUUGGAGCUCAAGGCGCUGGUCCAGGAAAUCACAGGGAACACAGGCAGCACUGUCCCUUACAAGGACUUCACUAUGGUUAUGCUGGGCCGCAGAUCCACCAUGUGCCAACGGAUCAUGCACUACAAUGGGAAAGGAGGAGGAGCCGUGAAGAGGCCCAGCCUGAUGAAUGCUGGCCCCUACAUAACCUACUUGGAAUGCACUCUCUCCGGAGUCCCCUCUCCUCUUACCACUCUCCCACCACCACCUCCCCCAUCUCCAGCUGAUGGCUGCUCUGAAACCUAG